AUGGUUGUCGAAAAGGACACCGCGCUGGGGCUGAGCGCACGGACGACGGCGGAGAGCUUCGGUGCAUGCAAGAUACGCCCGGCAGAACAAGAACCUACUCAGCUAUUACACAGAAGCGACAAUGGCAAGUCGAAACUCUACUCUCCUACCACGUCCUCGAACGACGAAGCGCGACUCCAUGCGCCUGGCGGCAGCCACUUCGUCCGCUUCCAGUACACACCAUCGAAUCCAGCUGACACGUCCCAGACAUCCCUCGAGAACAUCGCCUUCCUCCUCGGCGCCCUGACCGCCGGCGGCGGCAUAACCGGCUACGUGCGCACCGGCUCUGUCCCCUCCGUCGCCGCAGGCGUGAGCGUCGGCGCACUGUACGCCCUCGGCGGGCUCCGCCUCCGCAACCGCGCUCCUUACGGCGUCGAGCUCGCCCUGCUGGCGUCUCUUGUGCUGGCCGGCUCGAGCAUUCCGCGCGCGAUGAAGACGGGGAAGCCGCUCCCGAUCGGGUUGUCGUUGCUCGCGGCGUAUGGGCUGUUUAACUUUGGGAUGGCGUGGCAGAAUCGGAUGCGGUGA